UUUUUCCUAACAUAUAAAACAGCAGUUGCUAUAAAUUACAAUCACUUCUCAUCCUCUCGAACCCAGUAGUAGUGGUUCAUUCUUCAACUCCAUCUGCAAAAAGGAGACGUUAUGAUAUUCGGUCCAGUGUCUUUUGAGCUCCGUUGAAAAUUAUUAACUUUACUUUCCCACUUGUUCGAAGUGAACUCUGAGCUUGUGCGAAAUUGCACUCCAACUAUUUGAAAAAUCGACUGUGAGAAACUUCAACAAGAGAGCUGUAAGAACAUGAUUCCGAAGCAACUGCGCACGAUGGCCACCGGUGCUGCCGUGAUCCUGGGUGGAAUUUUCACUCUAAAUCUUGUUUCCUCUGCUACUAUUGCAACUCUUCGGCUCGCCACCGAAGCCAAACGGAGAAAGGUUGCGUUGCCUUGUCGGGUUUGUAAAGGAAAAGGGUUUUACAUAUGCAGAUUAUGCAAAGGAAAUGCCACCAUACAAUGGUCGCCUUUGUAUGAUCCAGUUGCCAUCAACCCCUGUCUUUGCCCUACCUGUGAUGGAAACAGGGUACAGCGCUGUCUUAACUGUCUAGGAAAAGGCUAUGAUUGAGGUGUAAGAGGAAUUUUGAAUUAUUUUCAUACCCUUGUAAGUGAAAUUAUGUUCCUUGUAUAUGGAGCUUUUCUUUGUCAAUUACAAGUGCUUCCAAGCUGAUACUUAUUUUCCAUUACUGCAUCAAAAGCACUGCUGCCACUGACAGAGAGUAGAUUAGGUUAAACAAUUGCAAUAUAAAACAUGCACCGCAUGUUACAUUAAAGGAAUUUAAUAAACAAAGUGCAAUUAUAAGAUUUCAUAUUA